GACGGUCAGAUUUUCACUGACGGACGGUCUGGCAGGUCUUCAUUCAAUCAGCAACUGCCGGUGAAAAAGGAAGCAUUUACAAGAGAAAUGGCUACCGAACACGAAGGUGAUAUGAGUGAAAUUUCGAGUCUUACUGACUCCAGCGAUGAAGGAAAGAAGGUAGUAGAAGAAGUGGUCGAAGCGGUGGAAGAAAUCGACAAACCCGCUUAUUCCGACGAGGAUCUUGAAACGUUGGUGGGCUUCAUCCGCGGCAUGAUUAUUCUGUUCGACUACGACGACCAGGACUUUAACGAGGAGGUGUCCGAAACGAUCAAACUGUGGCUGACGGACGUGAACAAUCCGCUGCUGUUUAUCUUUUACGACGGCAAUCGGUUGUCCGCAUCGCUAGCGUUCCCGCUCUGUCCCAUCAACGAUCUGAUGUACUUUAUGCGCGAGCAGGAUCAACUGUUCAAUGUGCUGGAGCGGUUCCACGAUGACAUCAUGUUCGGGACGCUCCACGGAGACAUCGAGGGCUCGCUGCUGGUGAUACUGGAGCAGGUGUAUGGGCCGAUGAUACUGUCGAACGCGGAUUGGUCGGAAAACGUAAAGGCAAACAUCAUCAAUGGGUUUAACGCGUUCAUGACGUACCUUACCGAGCUGCACUACAAGCUGUCGGGUAUUACGCUGCUGUACGUGCCACGCGAGGGUUGCGAUAUGGAGGUGCAGGAGGUAGUGCUGAAUCGUUCGACAAUCAAGCGGCUCGAAGCGGUAGUGAUUGACUGGACGGGGCAAAUUAGGGCUACGCUGAGCGAUACGCAGCAUUUCGUGCCGGACGAUCUCGUGUGCCCAUCGGAUGAGUACAGCUUUUGGCUUUAUCGGCAUGAGGUGCUGUCAGCCCUGCGGCUUCAAUUCAAGGGCCCCAAUGUGCAGCACAUCGUUCGCAUUCUCGAGCUCGCCCAAUCGCUCUACAUAAAGCAUCUCAAGGACGUGCUGGAGGAUUUGGAUAAGGAAAUUGAAAUCGCCGAGUCGAACAUUCCCUUUCUGAAGCUGUUGGUCGAUCCGUGCUUUGCCAUCGGGACGCUGGAGACGGGGGACGACUUUUGUUCGCAGUUGAUCUACGUGAUGCAUAUCAUUCGUUUCAUUGGACAAGAAUCGAGCCAUCUGAACAGGGACGAAAGCAUUACGAAACUGUUUCUGUACCUUAGCAACGAAAUCGUAGCCUGCUGUAUGCGAGGCAUUGACAUCGAGCGUAUUCUUUCGGGAGCACCAAGGUACGGCAUUGAGGUGUGUCGCAUGAAGAUUGAAUGUUGUGAAUCAUACAAAAUCAUUUACGAAGAGAUGUUGGAGCACUUCAAGGAUGAGUUCACGUGGAAUCUGGAUUAUGCCGCCAUCUUCAAUCGAAUCAAUGCAUUUUUGCAACGUCUGCACGAUAUCUUGGAGAUCUGUGACGCGAUGCUCAUCUUCGGCAAGUAUGCGGACAGUACGUCCUAUACCUCGUAUCGCUUCUUUUGCAACAAUGCGGACGAGUUUGAGCGACGCUGUGAGCAGGUGGAGCGUAUCUUUCACAAUGCUCUGGAGACGAUCGAGUCGGUCGGCAGCACGAUACUGGACAUUAACAACAAAGACUGGUACCGGUACGUGGGCGAGUUCCGGGAGAUGCUCAAAAGCCUGGACGACAUUAUAGAAAACUUGCUGUCGAACGUGUUCCUGAUGUCGGAGAAUUUGGAGGAAAAGCUGAACGUGCUCGUGACGCUGCUGAACUUUUACAAGCGGGAAAACAUUCGCGAAAGCUUCAUGCGCAAAAUUGGCGAUGUGUGGGGCAUGCUGAAUGAGGAGAUUAUGCAGCUGUCGAAGGACAUUUCGUCCGGUAUAGCGGAGUAUCCUGCGCUGCUGCCACCGCACGCUGGUCGCUAUGCCGUGCUGAAGAUGCGAUUUGAUCAUCUGACACAUUUGCGCACACUUAUUGUAAACUGUCGCUUCUUUCCGGAGCAUCCCCAGCAGGAGGAGGUGCUGGCACUGUACGAAGCGUGCGAGAAGCAGGUGAAGGCGGCUCUGAAAGGUUUUAGCGAGUCUUGGAGCAAAUCGAUCACCACCGAGAUGGCGUCCUGGUAUCAUCGUAAUCUUAUCUGUAGAAGCAAUCUCCGACCGGGUCUGUUCGAGGUGAACAUCGAGCGUCGGCUGUUGGUGCUGUUCGAUGAGGCGUACUACUUCAAAACGCUCGGCGUGAACAUCCCGAUGAGCCUGGACCUGGAGAAGCAUGAAAACACGCGGCUCACGUUUGACAACGUGCUGCGAUUGGUGCUUUACUUCAAUGGGGUCGUUUCGUCUAUCUCGGACAAGGAGCGGCUGUUCUUUAAGCCCAUGAUACAGCAGACGGAGCGGAAGUUGGAGCCGAUGCGCAGUAAGCUUACCUGGGAGGAAGAUUUGAGUGAGUUCAUCGAGGGGUACGUGGUGAAUGUGCGCGAGCUGCUCGAACUGAUCGAGCUGUACAAGCGCGAGAAUCACAAAAUCGUAUCGCUCGUAGAACGAAUCUACGCAACGAUUUUCGUUCGGUUCGAGCAGCAGCAACAUCCGGUCAGCGUGGCACAGCUAAUGGCCGGUGUGGCCGAGCAGAAGAAGACUGUUUUUACAGAGCUGCUCGAAGUGCUGACGGAGGUGAGCCAGCACAUAUUUAACGUGUACGACAGUCUCGGGUCGAACAUACGCAAGAUGGGCAGCAUUUGGGAGCAGUACUUGCACAAAAUUGACAAGCUGUUGCGGGCGGCCAUCUUCACCUGCACGCUCAACACGCUGCGUGGUGUUCAGACGGCAAUCGAGAACGUCCACGCCAGUCCGAUACUGAUGAUAGAGAUACUGUUGAAGCGGGAGGGCGCCGUUUAUGAGCCGUCGGUGGAAGCGGUCGAGCAGACGCUGCGCCGCCUGGUGGAGGAAGUUUGUCUGACGAUUCGCCCGGUGCCGAGCAUGGCCCGGCGCUACCAGCUGGACAGUGGAGAGCGUAGCUUCUAUCUGCAGCUGCUGGAACAUUCGGAGUACCUGCAGAUCUCGCGUUCGAUCGAUGAAACGAUCAACGACACGGUGCGGCUGCUGCGCACCUACCAGUCCAAGUGGAACGUUUUUCGACCGUUCUGGUGCGUCGACAAGGCGGCGUUCAUUGAGCGCUUCAAGCUGACGGCCAUGACGUCGGAAGCGUUCCAGAAGAACAUUGAAAAGUUUGAGGAGCUGCAAAAUCAGCUCUCGACGCAGGGCGAUUUUGUGGUGUGCCGCAGCGUGGAGAUUGAUGCGCUGAAGCUGAAGUACGCCCUCACCGGUCACAUUGCCGAGUGGCAGACGAACUACAUCGAGUAUCUGAAGUGCAUCGCGUAUGGCAAAAUCAUCGAUUUCAACAAAAUUUUGCAGCAAAAUGUAGAAGAGCUUCGCCACGAGCCGCUGGAAGUGUACGAGCUGAAGCGGCUGGAGGAGCGGUACCAGGUUUGCUACGACGAGUUGCCCGCCAAGGAGCAGGAAAUCGCUAUCAUCUUGAAGUACUUUGUGGUGCUGGAAAAAUACGUCGCCGAUCUGCUGCCGGAAGCGUACGCGCUGCGCCACAACAUCGACCAGAUCUGGGCCCAGUACCGGGCCGAUCUGAAGGCGAUCCGGGAGCAGAUCGAAAACUACCAGGAUCAGUUCAAGCUGUCGAUGACCGGGGCGGCCGACGCGCUCAAGGUGGACGCACUGGAGAUGCUCAAGAUGCUGCGCGAAGAGAUGUCCACCGCGGAGGACUCGACUCCGGACGAAGCGUUCGAAGCAAUUGACCGUUUAAUGAUGCAAUUGGAAGAGUUAGAACGCCGCGAGCGCGAGAUCGAGGAGCGGAUGCGGUUGCUCGGUGUCGAUUAUGUGCGGUUGCCUGCUUUACAAGAAAUUCGCUCAAAACUAGAAAAUCUGCGCCAGGUGUGGAUGCUGGUGAAGGAGUGGCGUAUCGAGCGGGAUCGUAUCAUGGCCGAAACCUAUAGCACCGCGGACGAGAUCGAUCUGCACAUGCUGUCGGGCCACUUUCGGCAAGCGUACGCACUGUUAGCGGACGGCCCCAUCAGCCAAGAAGAGUUCGAUGUGUUCCACCGGGUGGGAGCAGAAAUCGCCCACUUCUGCACGACGGUUACGAUCGUGUGCACGAUGCGCGCCUCCUUCAUGCAGGAGCGCCACUGGCAGAAGGUGAAGGAAAUUGCGAUGUGCGAAGAUGCCCCAGAGCUACCGGGCGUACAGUGCAGCUUCCAGACGAUGACCGCGCUGGCACUGUACAGCUACGAGGAACCGCUCCUGGACCUGUGCUACGCCGCCCGCAAAGAGCACGAGGUAGAGCUCGACCUCGAAGCGGUUGCGUUGCGUGUCCGCGCAAUUGAAUUCAACAUCCGGCAGCCAGCGGGCGGUGGUGGCUUUCUGGAACUGCGCAACCCGGCCACCCACUUCCGAACGCUGGCGGACAACGUCGGGAUCAUAAAUCGCUUGCGCCGAUCGCCCCAUCGCCAUCCGUACCAGGCGCUGAUCGAUUACUGGGAGCACACGGUCGGCCUGCUGGACGAGAUGCUCGAGAUCGUCGUGCGCAUGGUGGCCGAGUGUCGAACGCUGCACGAGCUGCACCGGAUCAGCCGCGGCACAGCGCCCGGCUCGAAGCUGGACGCGUUCAACGAUGGGUUUCGCGCCGCCUUUGCGCAGUGGUGUGAACUGAUGCGCUACCUCUCGACGGCCCGGCUGGUGGAGGACGUGUGCCCGGUGGGGCAAGAAUUUAUUGCCGAGCUGGAGUCGGUCCGCAAGCGGCUCAACCAGCAGGCGGACACGCUGGGUGAGGUGUUGCGCGAGCAGCGUGCCGUUUUCCCGCGCUUUUACCUGCUUUCCGACCGGCAGCUGAUCGGGCUGAUCGCUGCGCCGCUCAAGUACGCCCAGCUGGAGCAAUCGUUGCCGCUGCUGUAUGAAAACGUAGCCCGGUUUCAUCUGCUCGAUCGGGGCAAGGCGGUCCCGCCGGGCGUGGUGGGAGUGUACACCGGGGAUGACGAGUACAUCUCGUUCGUUGGAUCGUCCCCGCUGCCCGAUGCACGGCCCGGGCCGGAUGGUGUGGCUGAGCUCAUGAACCAGCUCGAAUGUCACAUUCGCGAUGCGAUGCGUGAUUUAUUGUGGAGCUGCCACACCGCCCUACGGAGGAGCUACUUCAAGCGGGUCGAGACGGGCUGGCUGCGCAGCUGGCCGCUGCAGCUGUGCCUGAAGAGUGUCGAGCUGCAGCAAACGCUGCAUACCAGGAAUGCCUUGGUGCAGUGCAGUCUACUCGGCACCAAGAAACCGUUGAAAAUGUUGCGCGCGCUACACACAAAGCUACUUCAAGAACUGACGGCUUCGGCACGCACGUGCAGCGAACGCUGGCAGUGCAAGAAGCUGUACGAUCUGUUAAUUCUCGAGCUAAACGCAAGAGAUCUGAUUGAACGGCUGUGCCGCCGGAAGGAGCUCCACGGGCUGGAAACGUUCGAGUGGGUAUGCCAGCUGCACUCGCACUGCCAUCCGCCGGGUCGAAAAUGCGUGAUCCAGCUGUUUGACACCCGCUUUGCCUACGGGUACGAAUGCAAACGCUCCACCGAACCGAUGCUGCUCACACCAGUAAGCGAGCGGGCCCGAAUGGCCACGGUAUGUGCGCUAAAAUUACGCCAAAUUCCCCUCCUGCUCGGCACUUCCGGUGGAUGCUGCGGCCGGCAGGUGCUACUGGAGAGUUUGGCCCACUCGGUCGGUGUGUUUCUGCUGACGCUAGAGUGCGAUACGAGCUCCACCCCAGAGGACAUGAUGCGCAUGGUGCGUGGCGUGAAAAUGGUCGGAGGAUGGUUGCUGUUGCGGUGCUUCGAGCGCUUGCCAAGCACCAUCGUAACCCAAAUCGCUGACAACGCACGGGAAACGGUUACGGCCGUGCGAAAAUCGACAACGGCAAAGCGAAAGUUAAGCUGGGAAGAACGAUUCGGUCGCUUUCGGCUGUUUGCACUCACCAGUUCCGGUUCCGGUCGCAAAAUGGCGCCACAAGAGCUGGACCGAACACUGUUCCGCCCGGUACACAUAACCUCCGUCGAUCGGUCGAAAGUGUUGGAAUCGUGGUUAUGGCUGGCCGGUUACGAUCACAGUGUACGAAUUGCGAAACUUUUCGAACUAUUUCUCCGGCAAAUGAAAUUAUCCAGUCCGUAUUUUGCCGAGGGAGGGAUGUUUUCACUGCGGCAACUAAAACGUGUCGUCGAGGCCGGGCGGCUUGUGCAACAAACGUCAGCGGCCGAUGUAAACAAACCCGAUGAGCUGUCAGUGCGUGACUGGAGCGAGGAGAAGCGAGCGUUCCUGGCUGCGUUCUGCAACACUUACCAGGGUUAUUUUUCUGAGGUGGAAAUGCGGAACUGCCAUCGUAAUUUAGUGCUUGUUUUCGGCGCAUUCGAUCCACCAACACAAAGCAACGAAGAUGAGCUGAAAGAGGUUGUGCAAAAUCAGGCAAAAGCAAUGCAUUUCAAGCUUUCAGACGGUAUGAUUGACAAGGUACUGCUGCUCCAUCAGGCCCUUCUCGCCGACGGACGCCCGAUAGUGGUGACGGGAGCGGCCGGUACGGGCAAAAGUGCCUGCAUCGGUAUCGCCCUUGGCAUAUUGAAGCCCGCCUACGAACCGACCCGCAUCCUCCCGGCUACUCUCCGCCAUUCCUCCCACCCGGCCGCAUUCGAUCGCGGCUGGCUGGACAGCGUCAUCGGGGCGUGCCUGCAUCCGCCGCCCGGCUCGGAAGAGUGCACCGCUGGUAGAAAGUGUUUGAUAUUCGAUGCCGUGCCGUGCGGCGAAUGGAUCGAUUGCGUCGCCCAGCUGGCACUCCAGUCCGGGCACUAUAUGGGCUGCGAUUUUACUCCGAUUAGUGCGGCGUCGGACGGCCCUGACCGUGGCGUGAAAGUGAUCGUCGAGUGCGUCGGGCCGCUCGAUAGCGUAACGCCCUCGUUGGUGUCACAUUUCUCCCUCGUGCACCUCGGUGCCGACGAUCUCUGCUGGCCCGCGCUGGUGCACGUUUGGCUGGAGCAGAAGGGCGAGCUGAUGCUGCGCCAGCGAUUGCAGACGCUGGUGGAGAAGUAUAUGGAGGGGCUGCUCUCCUUCCGCCGGUCCGAGUGUCGGACGGUGGCGAACAUCGGCGACGUGUCGGUGGUGCGUACAUUCUGUCAGCUGUGUGAUAGUUUGCUUGCACCAUUCGAUACGAGCAAAAUAUUCCGCCCGCAGACGGGCGAAGAGCGGCUCGAGCGGUGGUCGGAAGCGCUGGGGAAGGUGUUCUUUUUCUGUGCCGUUUGGUCCAUCGCCGGCUCGCUGGAUGAUGCUGAUGGUAGCCGGGGUAAAUAUGAUCUGUUUUUGCGCGAGCAGCAUCCCGAGGCGGGUUAUCCGUUGAAGGAGAACGUUUACCAGUUCUACGUUGAACUUCCGGAGGGCGCGUGGCGACCGUGGGAGACAAAGCUGCCGGCCGAGCUGUCGGUGAACGGUGCAGUAGGCGAACGCAUUUAUCGGAGUGCUCACACGAUCGCUCAUGAAUUUCUCGUGCGUGCCCUGAUGCGGAAUGGUGCACCCGUGCUGCUCGCAAGCGAAACGUCCGUUGGAAAGUCCGCCCUAGUAAAAGCCAUUUUAACCGAGCUCGACCCCGCACACUGGUCCUCGAUGCGGAUCGUUCUAACGCAACGCACCACAAUACGCCAGCUACGCAAUCGACUGCGCUGCCACGCGCUAAAAGUCAUGAAAGCUCGCCUCUAUCCGGCAGACCGCAAACAAAUGGUCUGCUUUUUCGACGAUCUGCACACGACCGCUUCAAACCCGUACGCGGUGGAUGAGUUUACGCGUGGCUUUUGCGAUACGGGCGAAUGGCAUGAACCGGGCGGCAGCACCUCGAUGCGCAUCGAGCAGUGUCAAACGGUGCUCGCCAUGCGGCUGCACCAUUGUCACACGCCAACCCAACCCGUCAUGCAAAGUUUGCUCAACAAAUGUCAUCUACUGAUCAUGACACCGGCGGGCGACGAGCAGCUCGGGCAAAUCUUCACCGAUAUGAUACGGACCACCGUGCCGGCGCAACAGCAACAGCCAGGCGCUGCCGUGCUCAGGCUGCUGGCGCCAGCGACGGUAGACUUUGUCGGGCGCCUCACGCGACGACUUCCGCCCACGCCGGCCCGGCUGCGCUACCAGUUUUCGCUCGAGACAAUCGCCUCCAUAGUGCGGGCGGUGUGCCAUUGUCUCGGCGAUGCCGUUGCCCCGGACGCUUAUCUCGCGGAGAAGGCGACGCUGCUUCGGCUGUGGAUACACGAGUGCUACCGAGAAACGUGGGACCGGCUGGAGCGGACGGAUCACAGACGGUACUACGAGCUGCUGAACGAAACCGUGUCGGGCCACUACGAGGUAACGCUGCACGGUCUCUGCCCGAACAAUCAGAGCCCAAUCUUCACCGAUCUGUUGUCGCGGACCGAAACUCCAACCGCGAAUCCGUACGAGGACGUGCGGGAUAUUAAUCAAUUGAUACUUCGAACCGAGGAGCGCUGGGCUGAAGUUUCGGACGAUUCCACGAAAAACCUCCUCAUCCACCGAGAAGCCAUAGAACACGCGACGAAAGUGCUGCGCAAUGUGCGGCUCGGGCGCAUCGGCUCGAUGCUGAUGGGUCUUCCCGGUGGCGGUCGGACGGUGGUUUGCCAGCUCGCAGCCCGGCUCGCAGUGCACAGGCCGAUCACGUACCAUCGGAUGAGCGUAACGGCACGGGAUGGGCCGGAAACGGUUGAGAGCGAAUUUUUGAACCUGUUCCAAGUGUGUCUGGGCGUACAGCAGCAGCAGGGUUGUGUGCUGGCACUGGUCAAUCUGGACGACAUUGUAGAGGCAGAACCGAACGAACGGCUGAUGGAGCUGCUCGGCGGCAUAAUGGGCGGUGAAGAGCUGGGCGUGCUUUUUUGCGAAAACAGUCCCGUCGGGCAACCAAAUGGAACCCAAAACAAGACGGGCGAAGGCACGGAAGACACGGCAAACACGCCGGACUGGCGGAAAGUACGCGCCAAUUUACACCUUGUCCUGUGCUUACCCUUGGAAGUAGGCGCUUUUAGAAUCGUUCUCCAGCGGUAUCCGUCGCUGGCGCGCGAGCUAACCGUGGACUGCAUGCACGACUGGCCAGAGGCGUCACUGCUGGAGAUUUCCAAGAAGUACCUGCUCAGGAACGUACCGCUCGAUGUGCCCAUCCAGGGCGCGGAUGGUACAGUCAAGAAGGCCCGCCGGAGAGAAAGCUUGGUACAGAGCACCGAGGAGCGGCUUCAGAUUGCGACGCAUGAUUUAUUGUUUCGCAUACAUUACGCCGUCCAGGUGGAGGCGACAUUGGCGACUGCCGCUAAGCGAAAUAUAAUUGCACCCUGCAGCUGGUAUUUCGAGCUGCUCGAUACAUUCCAAAGAGUGUUGCGUGAGAAGCGGCUCGAACUGCAGGCCCUGCAUCGGAAGUUCCGCAUCGGCAUCGAACGCAUCGAGGACGCAACGGUUAAGGUGGCCAAUCUGUCCACCGAGCUGCAGGAGCGGCAGCGCGAGAUAGCCCUGUUCCAGGUGCAGCUGGACGAGUUUCUCGAGCAGAUCGAGCAGCAAACGCGGGAAGCGGACGAGCAGACGGAGGAGGUGUCGGUCAAGCGCGUCAAGAUCGGCGCGGAGGAGAUUGUGUGCAAGCAGCUGGCGGAGGUGGCGGGGGCCGAUUUGCAGCGCGCCAUGCCGGCGCUGAACGCGGCCGUCGCGGCCCUCGAUUCGCUCAACAAGAAGGACAUGAACGAGAUCAAAUCGUACAGCCGGCCGCCGACGAAGGUGGAGCUGGUGAUGGAGGCGGUGAUGAUACUGCUCGGCAAGGAGCCGACCUGGGCGGAGUCGAAGCGGCAGCUCGGGGAGCAAAAGUUCCUCGACACGCUGAAGGGCUUCGAUCGGAACAACAUCGCCGAGCGGACGCUCAAAACGAUCAGCGGGUACGUGAAAAACCCCGACCUGGAACCGGACAAGGUCGGUACCGUUUCGAAGGCGGCCAAAUCGCUGAUGCUGUGGGUGCGGGCGAUCGACAACUAUGGCAAGGUUUACAAAUUCGUUGGACCAAAGAUACGCAAAAUGGAGGAAGCCAACGCGUCGCUGCUGGAGAAGCAAAACGAACUCGCGGCGGCCGAACGCAAGCUGAUCGAGCUGGCGGAAAAGUUGGCCCAGCUGCGGGCGGAGUACGAGGCCAAGAUUGCGGAAAAGUUGCAGCUCGAAGAGACCGCCCGCCAGAUGGCACUGAAGCUGGAGCGGGCUCGCAACCUGGUGGACAAUCUGGCCGGCGAACGGACCCGCUGGCUUGCGACCAAGAACGAGCUGGAAGGCAGCUACGCAAGUCUGAUCGGUGACACACUGCUAGCCGCUGGCUUUCUCACCUAUCUGGGUCCUGUAAACAUUGAAACACGUGCCAGCUUCCUAUCCCAAUGGUUGAUUGAUCUCGAGACGACGGAAAUGCCCUUCACCCAGCGCUUUUCGCUGCGAUCUUUCUUUUACGAUCCCGGCGUGCUGAUCCGGUGGCACGAAAAUGGGCUGCCGCCGGAUGAUUUUUCGGCGGAAAAUGCAACCAUUUUGAUGAAAAGUACGCGCGUCGCGUUGAUCGUUGAUCCGCAGGAGGAGGCCCAGAAGUGGCUGCUGGCGGAGCUGGCGGGGCACGUUCAGUUGGUUGAUUUCGAUGAUGAAAUCUGUGAAUCGACGCUGGUGGAAACGUUCGAGCAGCACACGCCACUGAUGGUGGAAAAUGUUAACCGAAGGAAUGUGAGCCAGCUGGAUGAGUUGUUCACGCUGCGAGACACGGUGACGGCGACUUGUGGAACGUGCCGUGAGAAGGCUCAAAAGAAGGGCGACGAAGCGGCACAUCCAUUGUAUCUGGUUGGGCAGGAGUCGGUGCGGAUGUCGGGAGCUUUGGUAAAGCGCGUCAAUCAGCUGAGCUUCGUGCUGGGAGCGGAAGGGCUGGAGAUGAAAAUGCUCGGCCUGCUAGUACAAAGCGAAAAUCCCUCCCUUGAAGAGCGAAAAGAACUGCUCCAGCAAACGAUUCUUCAAAACAAGCAAACGCUCGUCGAUCUGGAGGAACAGAUACUACGCAUCUUGAACGAAAGCAAGGUACCACUGCUCGAGGACGAAGAGCUGUAUCAGGUGCUGCAAAGCUCGCGCGCGACAUUCGAAACCGUCUCGAGUGGGCUGCAGCAGGCGGAACAGACCCGCAUCGAGAUCGAAACGUCCCGCGAAGUCUAUCGAUCCUGUGCGUCCCGUUCCGCGCUGCUCUUUCUCGUCCUUGGCGAUCUGCAGCUAUUUAAUCCACUGUAUCGCUACUCGCUCGAGUGGUAUCAGGCACUGUUUUCGCUGUCCCUGGAGAAAAGUGGGCGCGUACAGCAGGUUGCGGAGCGAAAGCGACGAAUCGAUGACUAUCACACAUUCAACGUGUUUCGCAUUGUAUCUCGCGGAUUGUUCGAAAAUGAUCGAAAGCUGUUUGCGUUCUACCUGUGCGUUCGGUUACUCUUUGCCGAUGAAGCGCUCAGUCCAAGAGAGUUUCGCUUUCUGGUAUACGGAGCAGGCAAAAUUGAUCGCCAGGAGCAGAUGGAAAAUCCGUGCCGCAGCUGGCUGUCCGAUCUGCACUGGGAUCAGCUGACCGACCUGGACCGACUGCCCGGCUUUCACGGCAUAGUGGAAUCAUUCGCCGAACUGCCAGAAGACUGGAAACAGUGGUACCUGUCAUCACUGCCGGAAGUGUCACCCCUGCCCGGCAAUUGGGAGAUAAAUUUGAAAAAGUUCCAAAAGUAUCUUAUCGUGCGUAGCUUGCGGUUGGAUCGCAUCGAAAGCUGCAUGAACGAUUUCACCCGGGACACGCUGGGCCUGAAGUACGUCAGCGUCCCGGUGGGCACGCUGGAGGACGCAUUCCAGGAGUCUUCCGCCCACAGUCUGAUACUGCUGCUCGUGCGGGGCAGCUCCAAUCCGCUGGCAAAGCUCGAACGACUGGCAAGGAAAGUGAACGGUGCAGGCUCGUCGCAGGACGGUGGCAAGAAGUGUUUCGAAACGUUGGCCAUAACGGAGGAUCGGAUGGAGGCGUUCGUUGGGCUGCUGCAGCGAUGCGUUAGCGACGAGUCUUGGCUGUACGUAAGCGAUUGCCAGCUGGCGGAAACGUUCCUGAAGCAACUGCCCCACGUGAUGGCGUUCCUGAAGCGCACCAAUCCCAACUCCAAGUUCCGCCUUUGGCUCAGCUCCAAGCCGCACGAGGCGCUGCCGCUGUCGGUGCUGCAAAACUGCAUCAAAUUAGCAUACGAAGAGCCGAAGGGCAUCAAGCAUCAUAUGGGCAAUCUGUACGACGAGAUCGGAGAGGCACGGUUCAAACAGGCCACGGCGGCGAUGAAGCAAAGCACCACCAAAAGCUCCUCCACCGAGGCACACUACAAGCGUCUGCUGUUUGCGAUGGCGUUCCUGCACGGGCUGCUGCUCGAACGGAACAACUUUCAGCAGCUCGGCUGGCUCGAACCGUACCAUUUUGUCAACAAUGAUUUUUGCCUUGCGGAAAGUUUGCUUGCGUACGGGCUGGAGAAGCUGCUCGUGAAGAAAGCGGUCGAUCCAAGGCUUCAGCGCGGCCGCCAGGGUGGUCGUGGCGAUGGGAACGGUGACGUUAGCAUCGAGGACAAUUUUCAUGGUUUGGAUUUGGAGGACGAGCAGCAAGAGCACGAUGCAACGCCCUGGCAGUUUUUAAAGGGUGCCGCCCUGGAGCUCUGCUACGGUGCACAAAUCGCAUCGUGCUGGGACCGGCGCAUCUACGAGAUCUACGCAGAGGAGCUGCUCCAGCCGCAACUCUUAAGGCCGACGUUGACGACGGCCGCCGCUCCCGCAGCAACGUCGCUCGGGCGCGGAUGGUUCCGGUUGCCGCGGGACGGCCUGUACCAGACGUACGCGGAGUUCAUCGCCACCCAGCUGCCCGACCGCGACGGCAUCGAUGUCUUUGGCCAGCACGAGAACGCAAACAUUAAAUAUUUGAAAUCACGCUCCGACUACAUGCUGCAGAUGCUAACCAGAGUGGGACAGGACCCAUCACAGCAGCAGCAACAGCAGCAGCAGCAGCAGCCAUCUCACGUUGGACAGGAUCAUGAGCGCACGAAGCAAACAGUCUCGGACCUCUUAUCGUCACUUCCUGUUUACCUGGACUACGAGAACGCGCUCCGCAUUGUGGGUGCCGGUGCAAACAGUACGCCCGUGUGCGAGGCCCUGCUGGCCGAGGUGCGCACCUACAAUGCCAUCCUUGGCCGCAUCAAAUCGGACUGUGACUGUCUGGUCCGGAUGCUGACGGGUGCAACGAACGAGCUGCUGGACGAAUCGAGCGGUCGCUGGAGCGUGCUGCUUGCCGCCCUCCAACAGAACACGGUCCCGAAACGGUGGGCCGAGGGUGGCGCACAGGAAACGCGCCCGUGCGUACGAACCAUUCGGUUAUCGCUUGCCGAUUGGAUGCUGCAGCUCCGGGAGCGGGUGCGCUACCUGCGCCGCUGGACCGAAACGGGCCAGCUUCCGGCUGAGAUUGUGCUUGGACGCUUCAACGAUCCAAGGCGCUUCCUGAACGGGGUGCUACAGCAUCAUGCACAAGUGUACCGUGUUCCGUUCGAAGAUCUCCGCUGGGAUGUGACGAUCUUUAACACGAACAAACCGCUGGAACGUAUUGCGAUUCAGGAUGGCUUCAUUGCGUGGGGUUUGCUGCUGGAAAACGGGAGCUGGGACUGGGAAAAGCAAACACUGGCCGUGCCGGAUAUACUGGAGAUGACGUGCCCGAUGCCACCGGUCGCCUUCCGUCCCGUGCGACGUGCUGGCAGUGUUGCAAUGGGAGCGGCCGAAACGUUCGCUCCCUACCAAUGUCCAGUGUUUUACAGUUCCGAGCGCAGUGAAGAUUCCUUCGUUCUUUGCCUUCCACUGCCGGUCGGGGAGCAACGGGAUGAACAGGGCUGGAACAUGUUCAAUACGGCACUGCUGCUGAACGAUUAGAACCAUUUUUGUUGGGUUGUGUAGAGAGCGAAAACACAGGCUUUGGUUAUGAUGUUGUGCGAUUUAAAUGUUGAUUUAUUUAAAAAUUAAUUCAUUACAAAAAAAAUCGAAACGCGUUUACAGCUAGUUCCGAUCGGAAACACGCGCUUUUUCUGUCGUAACGGGCUUUCCCAUUGGCCUGCUUGGGCGUAUGUGUGUGUGUACGAUUGUGUAUGAUUAAUGAGCUUGUUUGGGCAGCAGCUUGUUAGGGGCGGCGAUGGAUUUCCUAGAGCCCCGUACCCCGAUGCUGCGCGGCGCAAUACCGGUGGCAAACAAAGAGGAUGCAUCAAGUAUUUCGCAGAUUCUUACGAGAUAUACGUACUGGUAAAAGUAUAAGUGUAGUAAUACUAUCAAUCUUAAGUGACUAGCAUCUAUGCUUAAUGUGUAAUGUGAAGCGACGGCGGUAAAACGUGCGCAUACCUUCGUUCCUGUCGCACCGUUAUUCUGUUUCUGUUCUUGCACUUGCCAUUUUAUGCUACGUCGAGCGCCGUAUCCGCUCGCUGGAGUCGUACCACUAUUAUAGAUAUAUUUAUACUGUUUGCCAUCGAUUAUCCGAAGGGACGUUGGAGAGAGGCUUUGCAAUGUAAGAUUGGACUGCGGGAGGCAGGAGGGCGUACAUUUGGAAUAAGCUCGAUGCAGUUUGUCGAUGCGAAGUUAGCACAGGUCCCAACUUGGUCGCCAGUUGGGGCCCCAUCAUAAUGCGAGCAACAGAAUUAAAUAGAAGGAUGGAAGAUGAUAGACACGGGAAAAACGAUGAACUCUUUUACAAAAACACACACACACACACUAUCUCUCUUUUUGCUCGCUUCCCUAAUCUGGCUGCUUCCUGCUUAUAUGUACAACAUACUCAUCUAAAACA